UCAUUCUACUUGCAUCUCUUUCCAUUCUUACACGCCUAUAAAAGGAAAAGCCCAAACCCCAAUGAAAACAUAUCUUCAGAUUCCGCACCUUCUUUCUCGGUCAACACAUUUGAGCAUUAUAGUAUCUUCUUUUGUAACAUCCCAAUGGCUUCUAUCACCAUGUCUUCAACUAUUCUGUCCAAAUCACAGACAUUGGACAGGUCCACUAUAUUGAAUGGACUGCAUCGUGUAAAAGUAUUUCCCAAAAAUGGACGAGUAUCAGAGGCGUCUAUCGGGAUGGUCAUGGUUGAUGGAAAAGUGAAAUCUACUUUAUUACCUGGAGAAGGUGGUUUCUUGUCCCAUCAAAAUGGCAGGAAAGGUUUCCUCCUCAAUGCUCUUCCUGCUGGGAUUGAGAUGCAGCCCGAUUCAAUAGCUCUGGGGACACUUGCAGCUGAAACCAUUCCCAUACCUAGUGACUUUUCUGUUGAUGGAGAUGAAUUUGAUCUGGACCAGCCCACGGCUGGUUUCUCCUCCAUCCAGGAAGCCAUCGAAGAUAUUCGUCAAGGAAAGAUGGUAGUGGUUGUCGAUGAUGAAGACCGAGAAAAUGAAGGAGAUUUAAUAAUGGCAGCAUCAAAGGCUACUCCAGAAUCUAUGGCUUUCAUUGUGAAGCAUGGCACUGGAAUUAUUUGUGUGAGUAUGAAGGAGGAAGACUUGGAGAGAUUGCAGAUUCCUCUCAUGGUAUCUCACAAAGACAAUGAGGAGAUAUUGUCUACUGCAUUCACAGUGACUGUGGAUGCGAAACAUGGUACAACUACAGGGGUGUCCGCUCGUGAUAGGGCGACAACAAUACUAGCUCUUGCAAAUAAGGAUUCAACACCUCAAGAUUUCAAUCGUCCGGGCCAUAUAUUUCCUUUGAAAUAUAGGGUUGGUGGUGUUCUAAAAAGAGCAGGUCAUACAGAAGCUUCUGUAGAUCUUACCGUGCUAGCUGGGUUCGAACCUGUUUCUGUUCUAUGUGAGAUUGUGGAUGAUGAUGGUUCCAUGGCUAGACUGCCAAAACUUCGGGAAUUUGCAAAAAGGGAGAACUUGAAGAUUGUGUCCAUUGCUGAUUUGAUCAGAUAUAGGAGAAAGAGGGAUCAAUUAGUAGAGCGUUCUUCUGCUGCAAGAAUACCUACAACUUGGGGACCAUUUACUUCUUACUGUUACAGAUCAAUCAUAGAUGGCAUUGAGCAUAUUGCUAUGGUCAAGGGUGAAAUAGGGGAUGGAGAAGAUGUUCUUGUCAGGGUACACUCGGAAUGCCUUACAGGAGAUAUAUUUGGGUCAGCAAGAUGUGAUUGUGGUACCCAGCUUGGAAUGGCAAUGCAACAAAUUGAAGCUGCGGGAAGAGGUGUAUUGGUAUACCUUCGUGGUCAUGAAGGACGGGGCAUUGGGUUGGGCCACAAACUUCGUGCGUAUAAUCUGCAAGAUGAUGGGCGUGACACUGUUGAAGCCAACGAGGAGCUAGGACUGCCUGUUGAUUCAAGAGAGUAUGGUAUUGGUGCACAGAUUUUAAGAGAUCUUGGGGUUCGAACUAUGAAGCUGAUGACAAAUAAUCCUGCAAAAUAUGUCGGUCUCAAGGGAUACGGUUUGGCAGUUGCAGGAAGAGUUCCCCUUGUGACCCUAAUUACAAAGGAGAAUAAGAGAUAUCUUGAAACAAAGCGUGCGAAAAUGGGUCAUGUUUACUAUGAUCUAGGACUCAAUGGAAACAGCAGUGCUGCUAGUGAGAAUGGUCAUGUAAGCACUGAAGAGCCAUCCACAGUGACAUCUGUGCCAUGAUUAUGUUCAUCUUGUUUCAGAGAAAAGUGAUAUGCAUGCAAUUCAUCGAAUAAAACACAAUUACUUUGUUUUUUCUACAGUUGAAGCUGAGAUCAAGGUGGUAAAAAGAAACUGAAAGUACGGAAUUUUGUAUUUCUUUUAUUUGUCAUUGUUUUUCGUCCAUUGAAAAACUAAUAAACAGAUUCCGGCCAUUACGAUUUGUCGAGUUAACCAUGUAAAUGAUUCGCCUAAUGAAAAGCAACCAGAUUUAUCUUC